ACUGUUACCUGGUUCAUCCGGAAGUGCGAGGUAAAAAAUGGCGGCCCCUAUGAGCGAGUUUAAGAAACAUAACGCAAUUUGUUUACAAUUUAUCCAUUUAUCGCGACAUUUUAUAAACAACGCCAAAGUUUAUUUUCUUCUGCUUUUUCUGAUCACACCGACAUCCCGCUGUUCCGGAAAUGACGACUUUCAGAGAGAUGAAUUUCUUAAGAGGGAGUAUUCGCUGACGAAGCCAUACCAAGGUCUGGGAUCAUCAAGCUCGUCACACUGGGAUUUACUGGGCAAUACCAUUAUCACACCUGAGUAUGUUCGCCUGACUCCAGACCUGCAGAGCAGACAGGGAGGCGUGUGGAGUCGCAUUCCAUUUUACGUUCGAGACUGGGAGCUCCAGGUGCACUUUAAGAUCCAUGGCCAGGGCAAGAAGAACCUGAAUGGAGAUGGUCUGGCUCUGUGGCUGACCAGAGAACGCAUGCAAAUAGGUCCCGUGUUUGGGAACAUCAAUCAUUUCACCGGCCUGGGGAUUUUUAUCGACACGUAUCCCAACCAUGAAAAUCAGCAUGAGAGAUCAUUUCCAUUUAUUUCGGCGAUGGUGGGAAAUGGGACAGUGGCCUACGACCACGAUCAGGACGGAAGGAACACGGAUCUGGGUGGCUGCCAGGCUGCUGUACGUAACGUUGACUACGACACAUUCGUCCUGGUCAGAUACGUGAAGAACAUGCUAACGGUGAUGAUCGACAUAGAAGGAAAGCAGGACUGGAAGGAGUGUGUAGAGAUCCCAGGUGUCCACCUGCCUCAAGGGUAUUACUUUGGAGCCUCAUCGCUUACUGGAGAUCUGUCAGAUAACCAUGACCUGAUCUCCCUCAAGUUGUUUGAGCUAACAGUGGAGAGGACUCUCGAGGAACUGGAGAACGAGCAGGAGGUCAAGAUACCCAGCGUGGACUACCGAGAGAUUCCAGUGGAGGUCGUGGAUGAAGGCAUGAGCACGCUCACCCUCCUCUUCCUGUUCAUUUUCUCUGUGGUCGGCCUUGUUGUGUUAAUCGUGGCGCUUCUCUUCAUCUAUGCGCGCUGGAAGGAGCGCAGCCGCAAGCGCUUCUAUUGACAGUUCUCACUGCUGCAUCUAACAGACGUUACCUCUGACACCGAAGAGCCAUACGAGAGACAAUACAGCCUUGUCCUUAUACUCUCGUUCAUCUGCUAAAGUUUAUAAUAUGCUUGAAUUUUACUAUGGAAAGAACAAAGUGUGUGUGUGUGUGUGUGUGUGUGUGUGUGUGUGUGUGUGUGUGUGUGUGUGUGUGUGUGUGUGUGUGUGUGUGUGUGUGUGUGUGUGUGUGUGUGUGUGUGUGUGUGUGUGUGUGUGUGUGUGUGUGUGUGUGAGUGCGAGGCACAGAU